AAGUGGUACUCGCUUUGGUUUCAGAUCACUAUCUAUAGAGGAAGUAAGUAUUAAAAUGAAUUAUGAGUCAAGCUUGAGGUACAAAAUAGAUACUCCUUUGGAAUCAACAACCUCGGAGAGUUUUUGUAGAUCCUGCAAAUCAUUAGUCAAGACCAAAAUGUGGUUGGUUACUACUUUCCUUUUAAUGUCUAUAUCACGGACACAUGCAGAAUACCCUGCAUUGCAGGCUGUUCUGUCACAGAAGGGGUUGCAAAAAGUAUCUCAUUGGAUGACUGACUGGCUUCAGAAUGAACUGAGUACAAUUAGGCUCCCAGAGUUCAGAGGGAGUGUUGAUAUUUAUGUGGGCACAGUUUAUUACAACCUGCACGACAUGACUGUUGUGCGCUGCGAUUUGCCAGAACCCUCUGUAGCCUUUUCAGAGGGAACAGGUGUAUCUCUGCAAGUGAGCGGACUCUCCAUUGCCAUCGCUGGUCUCUGGAACACAGACUUUGGAAUCAUUCACGAUGGGGGUUCGUUCGAAAUGGCUAUAUUUGGCAUCAGUCUCAACACAAUGUUGGAGUUUCAGAACACUGACGAGCACCUUUCCAUUUCCACUGUCAUGUGUUCUGCUGAUGUGGGAGAUAUUGAACUAGAUUUCCAUGGUGGUGCAAGUUUUAUCUUCCAACCAUUUGUAAAAAGCUUCAGUGGAAAAAUAAAAAAUAUGAUCCAAGGAAGGAUAUGUCCAGAAUUUACAAAAGGAAUUGAAGCUCUUGACACAGAUCUAGCAGCAGCAGAAGCCAUAAAAGUGGAUCCCUAUGUAUAUUUAAAUGUUUCUCUGACUGACUCGCCUGUUGUGUUCGACAAUGGAUUUGAAUUAAAUGUAAAGGGGGAAUUUUACAGUGUCAGUUCUCCUUCUGAGCCCCCAUUUUUUCCCAACCAAUUUGAACUGCCAUGGCAAGCAGAUUACAUGCUCUCAGUGGGUGUAUCCGAGUUCUGCGUAAACUCAGCAGCAUUUGCCUAUCAAAAAUCUGGACUGUUCCAAAUCACCAUCACCAAUGACAUGAUCCCCAAGGCCUCUCCCAUUCACCUGAACACAAGCCAAUUUGGAAUUCUGAUUCCUCAGCUUCCCAAGAUGUAUCCAAACAUGGAAAUGGAAAUAUUGCUGUAUGCCAGCGAUACCCCCCUUGUUUCCUUUAACCAAACACUCAUCAAUUUUAAUUUACCCACUGCAGCCAAAUUCUCUGCUCUCAAGACACGCGAUGAUUUAACCCCCCUCUUCAGCCUGGAUAUGCUAUUUUCUUUUAAUGCUAAAGUCAACAUCGACCAGCAGCUACUGAAGGGUGUUUUGGAAAUGAAAAAUUUGACUAUAAAGCUUGGAUCUACAGAAAUUGGCCCAUUCGAUACUGCACCAAUUGAGCGUAUGGUGAAGUUAGCAAUGAGCACCAUUGUACUUCCAAAAUUGAAUGCUCAACUGCAGGAAGGCCUUCCACUGCCACUUUUGAAGGGUUUCAGCCUUACUAAUUCAGUGAUGACUAUUGAAAAUGGAUUUUUUGUUGUUGCAACAGACAUCAAUAGUCUCUUCCUGCAAUCGGACAAACUCUGACAUUUUUGGACAACGAUGAACAAGGCUUAUCCCAUAUUGCUAUCCUUAGGAGAAAAAAAAGAAUUGCUGCUGCUGCCAGAUUUCACUUUAAUUUGUGAAAUAGAAAUAACUGUCAAGUAAUCAUUUUCUAACUAGUUUGGUAUUGCAGGGUUGAUUCUACAACUUAUUUGAUUAUCUUCAAAUAAUCUGUCAAUCUGUGUCAAUCUGAUCUAUUGAUUCACUGUUCAAUCACACGCUAAAUAAAUUGCUUUUAUUUUGGA